AUGCUUGCUAAUACUUCACUUGCUGCAAAUUCUGGGAGCAAUUUUCUCAUCAACAAUGCAGGAGCUAGUUCUAGUAAUCAAAACUCUCAGAGUUACAAUGGCAAUGUUGGUUUUGCAGACAAUGGUGGCCAUGGUCAGUCUUCUAAUCAGAUCAACAAUGGUAAUGCAAAUGGUUACCAUGGAAAUGGAAAUGGGCAGAAGUAUAAUGCCAACAUAAAUAGUUACAGUGGCAACGGGAAUGGGAAUGGCCAGACCAAUGUCUAUGGCAAUGGCUACAGAAAUGGCAAUGGGAAUUCUAGAUCUAACUACAACUACAACAACAACAAUGGUAAUAGAAAUGGGUACAACAAGAAUUGGAGCAACAAUGGUGGAGGCAGGUAUACUUGGAACAAUAACAAUGGUGGUGGACACAACUGGGUUAAUUUGAACAAUAACAAUGGUGACCGGGAUAAUAAUGGUACAAGAAAUCAAGGUGCCUCACCGGCCAGAAUGAUAAUAUAA